AUGGUUGCUCCUACUCGGAUUCCGCGUUAGAUUCUUCCGUGAUUUAGGGCCUAGGUUGCGGUGCUGUUGUUGUGUCGGUGUGGGGCUCGUCGUCCUGAUUCGGUCGGUGGAUUUUGCGCUAGGUCUGGUGCUCGAUUUGGGGGUGGGGGUUCUUGGCGAUUCGGGGAUGGGUGGACCCUGGAGUUGUGAUUUGUUUGCUAGUUUGAUCCAUGGGCGCGGGUAAGUGAGAUCGGAGGGAAGGAAUUGGGAUUUUCUUCGGAGAGGAGUUUGGAAUCUGCUGCAAAAGGUUAAAGAUUCUUGGCCUGGGCGAGUGGUUGCGAUAGAAUUUGAUUGGCUUCUAUUGAUAACCCCAUGUUAUUCUAGAGUUUAAUGUGAAGCUUCAAACCAAUCUCCUUGGUUCAAUCUGACGAGCAGCAAGAUGUCAGCUAAUGUUGGUGAAUCAACGAGCGCUGGCAGCAGUGGCGACGCAGCUGGGGGGAACUUUGAUUGCAACAUAUGCUUUGAGCUGCCUCAAGAGCCAAUAGUGACUCUUUGUGGCCACCUCUUCUGCUGGUCAUGCCUUUACCGGUGGCUGCACGUCCAUGCACACUCACCAGAGUGCCCAGUGUGCAAGGCCCUUGUCGAAGAGGACAAGCUUGUUCCGCUUUAUGGACGUGGCAAGGACCGUGUCGACCCAAGAUCAAAGAACAUGCCUGAGGCUGACAUUCCUCACCGUCCGACUGGCCAGAGGCCUGCCACAGCCCCACAGGCUGAUGCUAACAACAAUUUCGCUAAUGCCAAUGCAAAUCCAUGGUUCAUGGGCACGGGAGUCCCUUUGGCGAAUGCACGGUGGGGGAAUUAUGCAUUCUCCGCUGCUUUCGGGGGCCUGUUCCCUAUGCUUAGCUUCCAAGUCCAUGGAUUUUCAGAUGCCGCUGCUUAUGCGCAGCCUGCUGGGUUUCACUAUGGGUAUGACCAGGGGCAUGGAUUCCAUGGUGGGCAUAUGGGGCACGCCCAUGGCAUCCACCAACAAGCACCACCUAGGCAACAGCAGCAGGCAGACAUCUACCUGAAGGCCCUGCUGUUCAUGGUUGGAAUUCUAGUUAUUGCAAGCCUCCUUGCAUUUUAAAGUUGUUGGCAGGCAUCUACCUAACGGCACUGCUCUUCAUGGUUGGAAUUCUAGUGAUUGCAAGCCUCCUUGCAUUUUAAUUUCGAUGGCAGCAGGUAUAAUGAUUGCUUGAUGCUGAAUGUGGCAUAAGUUAUUCGCAUAUUUGCAUGAAGUGUCCAUAGGAUAUGUAUGUAUGUCGGUCUAGGUAAGUAUCUGCAUUUUACAGCACCUUUAUAUAUGUCAGUCUAGAUAAGUAUCUGCAUUACAGCAUGUUGUAUACUAUUAGGAGGAACCUGGUGUGAUUAUUACAGUUUAGUUUUGAUGAUUUUUGGCGGUGAAUGUGAUCUACAAUUGUUGGGAAUUCAUGUCCCAGUUGCCUCUGUAAUUUGUACCCAUUUAGACUGGCCAUGGAUAGCAGAAGACAGAAUAUAUGAGAAUUGGUGCUUUUGUGUA